CUCUCACGCACUCCAACGAGAAACCGGUGAAAGAAACCGACGACACGGAAACCCUCCUUUCCUUCCCCCUUUUCAUUCCUUCCUUCGCCCCCAUUUCCCUCUCUUCUCCUCUCUCUGUCUCGGCUUCCCACUCGCCCAGCAAGCCAGCAACAAUGGUGUCCGACUCGGAGCUCAUCGGCAGGCUGCGGGAGUUCCUCAAGAAUUCGGACCUCGAGACGACCACCAACACCAUCGUCUGCCGGAAACUGGAGGAAGACUUCGGGGUGAAUUUGUCUGAUAAGAAGGGUUUCAUCAGAGAACAGGUCGACUUGUUCCUCCAAUCCCAGUUCGAGGAACAGGCGGCCGAGGUUGUAGGCGACAAUGGAUACGAAGAAGAAGGAAGCGCCGCCGAUGAUCGGGAAUCGAGGGUACAAGACGGCGAUGAAGUGGAAGAAGACGAGGAGGAGGAAGAAGAAACAGUAGGAAGAUCGAGUAAACGGAAGACUCGUGCCAAAGGCAGGUUCUGUUAAAUUCGGCCGGUUUCUGCUGCAAAACUUAAACGAGAAUGCUUAUGGAGAAACCUUCUGCUAAUUCGUUUCCCGCCUUCUCUAUUACUGGCAUCUGGCUUGCUUCUUUGUUUCUACUUUUAGUCCAUCUGGUCAACAGUCCAGAAAGCAACCUGAAGAAGGCAAAAAGAGAGCUGGGGGUGGUUUUACCAAAUUGUGUCGACUGUCUCCUCAACUUGAGGAGUUUCUUGGAGCUCCUGAAAUGGCUAGAACAGAGGUGGUCAAACAAUUAUGGGUUUACAUCAAAGAGAAAGAGUUGCAAGACCCGAGUAAUAAGAGAAACAUACUAUGUGAUGAACCAUUGCGUACAAUUUUUUGUGUCGACUCAAUCAACAUGUUUGAAAUGAACAAAGCCCUCACGAAGCAUAUUUGGCCAUUGGAUUCAGAUGAUGUAAUUCCAGCCAAGACAGCUACACAGAAGGAAAAGCAAAAGCAGCAAGAGAGUGAAGAAGAACCAGAUGAUCCAGGAAGGAAAGAGAAGCGGCAGAAAAGCGGAACCAAAGGAUUUAUGGCCCCUCUUCAGCUUUCGGAUCCCCUAGUAAAGUUCCUUGGCACCGGUGAACAUGCAAUUUCUCGAUCCGAGGUCAUCAAGAGAAUGUGGGACUACAUAAAGCAGAACAACCCUUCAGGAUCCAUCCGAUAAGAGGACAAUCAUAAUGCGACGAGAAGCUGAGAGAACUAUUUGAUGUUGAUUCCUUCGUCGGCUUCACAGUUACGAAACUUCUAUCAGCGCAUUUCGUGAAGAGCUGACACGAACAAUGGCUCUCUGUUCAUCAACACAUCUCGCCGAGGUUUUGAUCAGAGGACACGACGAGUGCGUUCCUGUUUUUGAAUGGUGGGUCUGACUUGUGAAUUGUGAUAGUCCCUCAGAAGAAGAAUGAAGGGAAGAAGGAAGGGUUGGUGGCCUGAAUUCACCGAGAGCUGGCUCUUUUGCUUUCCACCCUUCUUAGUUCUCAUUCUGUAGUUUCUUCUUCGCUCUCACGUUUCUUGCUGUACAUUUUCCUAGUCCACUUCCCCAGAAAACCACGGGGCAAAUAGGAGAUCGACUGCUUUUUCGUCUUCCUUCUGUAGGUGUAAUGACAGACAGUCGUCCCUUUUUAACACAGUGCAAGUUUUCUUAGAAGUUGUCCAGCUCUUCCUUUUACCUUGACCAGUUCACCUGCCAUGU